UCUGAAUCGGCACCGGUUCAACGUAACAUCUAUAAGUACUUCAAGUGAAUUCCUGGAGCGCCGCUGUACGAUUUCCGACAGCCAUAACUCACCACCAUCACGAGGCAAGGACUUUGAGUAUGGUAACGGUGGGUCAGUGAUCAAUCAGCAUCCCAUCACUCUUUCUCCAUUCGAUUUGCAUUGUGAUGUCGGAACAAGAAGUCGUCGCUAGUCUCCGCUGGAAUAACAAUGUAUCUGUAGUGACCAUUACCCUGAUAUGCUAUGAGUACUUGUUUCUGUUCGAGAAAGAGGUCAAGUUUGUUUGGAAAAGACAGUGGUCGCUGAUGUCAUGUCUUUACCUUGUGGUCCGAUAUCUCGGUCUUUCCCUCGCACUGCUUUGCGGCUGCUGGGGAGGUCUGUUGUAUAUUUCUGAAUUAGUGAGCUACGGUCUCGCCGUUUUGAUGGAAUGGGGUUUUUCUGUGUAUUUUUGUUUUUCUGAAGUCAUUCUGAUCUGGCGUCUUUACGCGCUGUGCAACCAAUCCAGGCUCCUACUUUAUGUUCUAGUGGGGUUGUUCUUGCCUAUUGUCGCCCUCUCGAUAGGCAUGGAUAUCUUUUUAUAUAGUCGGCGGGAUGCGUUUUCGGUAAAGGAAGUAAUAACUCCAAACGCCAAGUACUGCGGACCCUCCUUCAAUAUGGGACCUAUGCCUGCGAUAUAUGCAUCCAUCCCUGUCGUAUGCUAUGACAUUUUCUUAGUUGUUUUUGCAGCUGCCAUCCUCGUGAAUCACCUGAAAGAACGGAGAGAAAGCAAGAUGAGGCCUAACACCUAUGUACUCAUGAUCGUUCGAUAUCAUGUUAUAUACUUUGUCCUGAAUUUGACAAACCAAAUCUUAUUGACGGUAUUAUGGGCCAACAUUCCGACGCCAGCGAUGAGUCUCGCAGAGCUCUUCAAUGAUACCGCGCCAUUCAUUUUCGCACCGCGUCUGAUCAUUAGCAUUUGGGAUACGCACGCCAACGACAAGUGCGUGCAUGUUAGUACGACAUUCGCGGAUUGUGUGUGUUGGACUUCGCCACCGCAGCACGAGAUGUCUUGCGCAUGAUUUUAGCAUGCUGCUUCCAAAAUCAGGAUGAAGGAAAGAUCGAGGUGUGCAGGCGCGCUUCGAUCAAUCUCUAGUCGUGGCAGUGUUCCCUACUUUAU